GCGGGCCGGCUCAGUCGCCCCGGCCCCGCCAUGGCCUGCUACAUCUACCAGCUGCCCUCCCGGGUGCUGGACGACCUGUGCCGCAGCAUGGACACGCUCAGCGAGUGGGACUGGAUGCAGUUCGCGUCCCUGGUGGUCACGGAUGUGACCCAGCUGCGCCAGCUGCGGUCCCUGGAGCGGGUGCAGGGCGCCAGCGUCACCCGCGAGCUGCUGUGGUGGUGGGGCAUGCGGCAGGCCACCGUGCAGCAGCUGCUGGACCUGCUGUGCCGCCUGCAGCUCUACCGCGCCGCCAGCAUCGUCCUGCAAGGGAAUCCGGUUCUGGAGAGCGUCCCUCCCCUGCCCGGCCUCCCCGGGGCGGCGGUGCGGCUGGGGCCCGGGGCAGACUCCGAGAGGAAGGCCGAGGGCGGGCGGCGGGAGCGGCGGCCCGCCAGGCCCGACAACAUCCUGGACCCAGCGUCUGCCUCGGCCCAGGCCCCCCCGCCGGCCUCGCGCUCGCUUCCCUGCGAGGAGUCCACGCCUGGUUCCCUGAAGGCCGGCCUCCCCUCCUCCUCGGAUCUGAAGGACCGCAGCACCUCAGUCCCGCUGCAGGAAACGCUGGCCAGCAGCCUUUUCUGGAGCAAGGCCGAUGUGGUCCAGGCAACUUGUAACUUUGACCAGAGCCACCGAAUCUGCGAGGGGACCUUCGCUGACAUCUACAGAGGGCAAAGGAAUGGCUCGUCCUGGGUCUUCAAGAGGCUCAGAGAGACGGCCUGCUCAAGUCCAGGGUCCAUGGAAAGAUUCUUCCAGGCAGAGGUGCAGAUCUGCCUGAGAUGCCGCCAUCCCAACGUGCUGCCUCUGCGGGGCCUCUGUGCCGUCGGGGAGGUCCACAGCCUGAUCUACGCCUACAUGGAGAACGGUUCCCUGCGGGACAGGCUGCAGGCUCGGGGCGGCUCCGACCCGCUGCCCUGGCCCCAGCGCGCCAGCAUCUGCUCAGGGCUGCUUCGUGCCGUGGAGCACCUGCACGGUCUGGACAUCAUCCACGGGAACGUCAAGAGCUCCAACGUUCUGCUGGACCGCAGCCUCACCCCCAAGCUGGCUCACCCGAUGGCUGCCCUGCGCCCCGCGGACGGAAGGUCGGGGUACACGCUGAUGGAGACGCGGCUCUUCCAGGCCUCCGCGGCCUACCUGCCCGAGGACUUCGUGAGGGUGGGGCGGCUGACCCGGCGCGUGGACGUCUUCAGCUGUGGAAUCGUGUUAGCCGAGGUCCUCACUGGCAUUCCUGCCAUGGAUAAGAGCCGGAGCCCGAUGUACCUGAAGGAUCUGCUCCUCGGCGAGAUUGCCAGCAGCACCGCCUCGCCCGGCUCCGGGAAGGCGGACGCGGAGAAGGCCAUGGCCCGGGAGAUCUGCCAGAACCACCUGGAGAGGGGGGCGGGGCCGCUGCCGGGGGGCGGGGCCGAGGCCUGGGCCGCCGCCGUCUGCCUCUGCCUGCGCAGGCGCAACGCCAGCCUGGAGGAGGCCCUCAGCUCCAUGGUCGCCGUGGAGGAGCGGCUCCGAGGUUGGCCGUCAGUCCCGUGGAGCGGGCUUUCUGAGGCCGCGGGCGUGUCCUCCAACACCCCAGAGGAAACGGACGACGUGGACAACUCCGGCCUGGACUCGUCCCGGCCCUGCAUCGGGGCGGCCUCCCCAUCUGUCUGCGCACAAGGCCGAGCAGGAGGGCUGCCGGCCACCGGGGAAGAGGGGGCCGACUGCCUGUCUGUGGCUUGUGGGGGCCCGCCGCCCCCCCAGGAUGCUAGAGAGACUUCCUGGAAAAUCGAGAUCAAUGAAGCCAAAAGGAAACUAAUGGAGAACAUCCUUCUCUACAAAGAGGACAAACUGGACAGCGUGGAGCUCUUCGGGCCCUGGUGACCGGAACACAGCUGAUGACCCGACCUCCACUGGAAAGACAAGUUGUACAGUCAGUGGCGAGGUCCAAGGUCAGUCAAGACGUGCAAACCACACAUCAGCUCUCCCCAUGGAAGGGAAGGGAACUCCCAUUUCCUAAGAGUGACGUAGGGGACGGGAGAGCCCAGCCGUCACAAAUGCGCAAAUCCGGAAGUGUUUGUCCUGUCUGGGACGUGAGUCAGCGUGGGGUAUCAGAACAGACUGAACCGGGGUGCCUGGUACAGGGGACCAGGAUGUGGGUGGCUUUGUGGUUCUGGGGUGCCUGUGAUGAUAACCACCCCAGGAGGCGCUCUGGCCCCUCCACACGGACAGCAGAGGGUUUCAAAUCUGGUGACAUAGUUGCCAACGACUACCUGCCAGCCACCCCAUCCCUGAGAUUUCCACCCUGGUCCUAGCCCUCAAGGUCCCUGGUUGGACCAGCGGAGACACCUGCUUAGGAGUCCAUGGUUUGCAUUUAUCGCCCAUCUUGUGAAUGCUCAGCAACUUAAUCCGCCCGUCCCCUAACGCACUUUUAGAACUGUUUGUGCUGCUACUGGGGCCUGCGUGCUGCCCU